GAACUAAAGUCUUGCAAAUAUCAUGUGAGAAAUUUCUAGCUUUUACGUUGCACCGCUUGCACGUAUAAAGAUAUCACGUUUCUACUGCUUUAAAAUGUAUCACUGCAAUUGAUGUGUUUCAGUUUCCGCCAUUAAAAAAGCAAAUUAUGCUGCUUUUAAUUGUGGUUUUUAAAGUAUUGCUCUUUUCUCUAAAAGUCAUUGGGCACGAAGAGAGGAAACCCACAGUGAUUUUGAUCUCAUUUGAUGGCUUUCGUUGGAAUUAUUUGGAUAAUGUGGAAACAAAGACGUUAUCUAGUCUUGCGAAGAAUGGAGUUAAAGCAUCAGUCUUGAAUAAUUUUGUCACGAAAACAUUUCCAAAUCACUACAGUAUAGUAACUGGUCGUUACGAAGAAAAUCAUGGUAUCAUUAACAAUAGGAUGUGGGAUCCCGUGUAUAAAGAGUUUUUCACAAUGGAAACUGUUGAUCCAAAAUGGUACAAUGCAAGUGAACCAUUGUGGAUCACCAACCAGAAGGCAGGUGAUAAACGUCUAAGUGCUGUCAUAAAUUGGGUCGGUGGCUCUGUGCCUUACCAUGGUCAGAAGGCAGGUUUUUCUCCACCAUACAACAGUAAACUUCCAUUUAAGGAAAUUGUUGAUAUAGUUUUGCAACAAUUGACCAAGGAUCCACCCGUGAAUUUUGUUGCUAUGUACUUUGAUGAACCUGAUGCAGUUGGGCACGUAUUUGGACCAAAUUCUAAGGAAGUGGUGGAUGCCAUUCUCAAGUUGGACAAUGUUACAGGAUAUUUAGUGGACAAGUUAAAGAAGGUGGAUUUAUUUGAUAAGGUUAAUAUAAUUUUGACCAGUGAUCAUGGGAUGACUGAAAUAAGCCCAGAAAAAGUUAUUUUCUUGGAUGACUAUAUCUCUCGUGAUAAAUAUGAGUUGAUUGACAGUGGAGUUAACUCCUUCAUUAUCCCCCAUGAAGGAGAGACAGAGAAUGUUUACAAAAACUUAAGCAACAUUCCUCACAUGACAGCAUAUCACAAAGAGGAUAUUCCUUCACAAUGGCAUUACAAGAACAACCGUAGAGUGACUCCAAUAUUUUUGGCAUGUGAUCUGGGUUACAGGAUCUUUCAAAAUAUUUCAUUUGUUGACUCUGAGAAAGGUGCUCAUGGCUAUAACAAUUCUUUAAAAGACAUGCAUCCAUUUUUCAUUGCCCAUGGCCCGGCAUUCAAAAAAAAUUACAAUAUGUCAGAGUUCAGCAUUGUUCACAUAUAUCCCUUAAUCUGCCAUUUAUUGGGUGUAACUCCUGCAGAGAAUGAUGGAGAUCUGACUGCUGUUUUACAAAUGCUUUCUGAUAUAAAUGGGUCAAGCUUUGAACUGCUUAUUUUUGCAAUGAUUAUUUCUGGUCUUGUGUUGAUGUUUAUGGUGUAUUGCUUAAUAAGGAACUGUCGCAAGUCUUCACGAGUGCAUUAUGACGUGUUGGACCUUGAAAAUAUUUUGCUAUCAUGAUUACAUUCCUCAAUACCCCAGUAAUGAUUGGGUUGAAGAAUUUUAACCGUUGUAAUGUCAGUUUCAAAAAGCACAUUCUAUGCAACUAUUAUUGAGUCAUUGGUAUUGUAUAAAAGUUUGAUGUUAAACCAUAAACUUGUUAUUGCAGAAUGGAAAAAGUACUCAGACAUUCUGCAAAUUCUACAAUAAGGAAUUGAUUAAAACUACUUUUCCAAA